UAGAGAGUCAUUUAGCUCAGAUUCACUAACUACACAAUGCAGAUGAACGCGAUUAGAGAAAUGUUUAUGCUUCUAGCAUAUCUUCUGGUCUAUUUUCAUUACACUUGUGGCGAAGAAUCUAUAGGAGAAGGAAAAAAUGGGAAAAGCGGUCGAAAAAUUCUGGUAUUUGGUGGGAAUGGAUUCAUUGGAAGCGAAGCUGUACGGAGACUUUUAGACAAAGGAGAUGAGAUCACCAUUGUGAAUCGUGGGAAUUGGUACUUUGAUUCUGACCAGCGAAUCAAACCAUUUGUAAAAGAGCAUUUUAUUUGUGAUAGAGACAUGCGAAUGAGAACUGAAUGCAAGGAGAUUUUAACUUCCGGUUAUUACGAUGCUGUAAUCGAUUUCAGUUCAUACAACGCAAGACAAUUAAAACAGGUGGUCGAAAUACUGCAUGAUCGUGUCGGUCUUUACGUGUACAUCAGCACCGAUUCUAUCUAUGAAGUCUGCGAGAAAACGCACUCCGGGCCCAGUGUUGAAGAGGAUGCCGUGCGACCGAAGAACAGGAAAAAACGCUUGCAACUUAAGAGAGAAGAAGGCUAUGCGCAUGACAAGUUGGCUUGCGAGGAAGUCCUCGAGGAACAGAGAAAGUCUAGUGGAUUCCCGUAUGUGGCUUUGCGACUCCCGGAUGUUAUUGGACCACGUGAUAAUUCCUUCCGGUUUUGGACCUACCAGUUGUGGAUACGCAUCCAUAAAGACAUCAAACACCCGGUACAUAUGCCCAGCAGUGUGUCCGACACAAAAUUUAGCCUUAUACAUGUGGAAGACGCCGCCAAAGCGAUUGAGAAAGUAUUGGAUGUCGGUCCCGCUGUACACAAUCAAGCCAUCAAUGUGGCGUUUGAUGAGCAUUUUACAUUGAAAAAACUUCUCCGAGACAUGGCAGAUAAAAUGAACAUUGACCAGCUGGAAUUCAUCUCUCAAGAUGAGGAAACGUGGUAUUCUUAUCCUACUGUUACCAAAGGUCCCCUAGAUAUCAGUAAGGCUAAGCUCUUACUCGGCUGGGAGCCUAUGACCUGGGAAAGGGCAUUGUACUCGCUGAUAUUUUUCUUCGAGGGUGCCAUGACUGACGCAAGGUUUCUUAGGGAAAGAGAGGUUCUCCUGGCUGACGUCUUUGAAAACAUUAUUCCGGAGGAACUUUAUGAAACCGCCCUAAAGAAACUGGUUUCAAUGUAUGGCAAGGAUGUACUAGAAGGGGUAGCUAUGGACAUGGGCUUCGAUGGAACCCCUGAAAUAGAAGGUGAGAUACAUCUUCAGAAUUCAAGCUCUGUGCAUGAUCAGAAAUCAGCGGAAACGGGAACGAAGGCUCAAUCACCGGCUGACAGUGAUGAAGAUGUUGAGGAGAUUGUGGCUGAUGUAGAUUCUGAUAGCGAGGCUGAAUUAGUGUCAGAAAACAGCAAAACUACCGAAAUUCAUUCUGAUGAACUAUAGAUAGUCUAUUAGAACGCUCUAAUAUUUUUUUCCUGUGAAAUACGAAG